CUAGGGGGCUUCAGUGUGUGGUCCAUGCAAAGUUGAAGAUGCAAUCUUUAGUCUUCAGUAUAUUUCAUCCGAGUCUCUAUAGAAUUUAGCCUCGGGAUUUAGAAAAUAACAGCUAUACAAGUACACUAUGGAAGCAGCAGAUGUAUGUGCAGGUUUAUCUCUUUCGGUUAUCACUUGGUGCAAAGCGAGACAGUUACAGGACAACCAAACCGAGGCUCGACGAAAGAAGCGCUGUCUGCAGCUGCUGGCAGUUCGGCGGCUGCGACUAAAGAAACUCCAUGAAACAUGGAUGCUGAGAGAAAAAGGCAGCAGACACAGUCGACUGCAUCGCCUCUGUGCUCAUGACAGAUGGAUGGAACUGAUAACACAUCACUUCUUGAAGGAUCGUAUGCGACGAAGACCCAAAGUGUGGUUCUAUCCUCGGAUCAGCAACUGGUGGGAGAAUGCAGCAGCUACUUUCACAGAUGAUCAGUGGCUGCAGUAUUUCAGGGUAUCGAGAGAGACUUUCUCCUAUAUUUGCACAACAUUGAAGCCACAGUUGAAGAGGCAAGACACCACUUAUCGCCUCUGUAUCCCCCUACAGAAGAGAGUGGCUUUGACUCUCUAUAAAUUGGCUAACCCCUGUGACUACAAAACUGUGGCAGAUCUCUUCGCUGUGGGGGUGGCGUCUGUUUGCCGCUGUGUGCAUGAGUUCUGCACAGCAGUCAUUGAACUACUUAAACCGCAGCUUGUUGUGACACCAAACGACUCCAAGCUUGUGAAAAUGGCAGACUUUUUCUAUCGCACAUAUGGGAUUCCUCAGUGUAUUGGUGUACUAGACAGUAUGCACAUUACAAUCAUCAAACCACCACACUACCAGUCUGAGCAACCCAAUAGAGAAAGUUAUCUUGCUAUCUUAUUACAAGCAGUUGUGGAUGGCAAUGGCAUGUUCUGGGAUCUGAGCAUGAGCUGCCCAGCAUGGGUGAAUGAUUCCAGUGGACUUAGAAAGUAUUGGGCAUGUGAGGAUUUCCCCAUCAGGAUGCUCAACGUCUGUGGAACUGACAGUGGACGCUUUAUUCUUGGUGAUGCAGGGUAUCCUUCUCACUACUGGCUUCUUAAACCAUAUAGCAACACGAACUGGCUGACUGCAGAACAAGAGCUGCUUAAUACUCAGAUUAGUCAAACGCUCAGUGUAGCCCAGCAUGCGUUUGAGAGGCUGAAAGGUAGGUGGAGGUGCCUGAACAAACGAAAUGACUGCAGUGUGGAGAUUGUCAAGGACAUGAUAGAGACAUGUUGUGUGCUGCAUAAUCUCUGUGAGAAAAACAAGGAUACGUUCCUUCCAGAAUGGAUCAGUCAUGAGUCGAUUCAGACUGUUAAUGGAAAGCCACAAAGGAAUAGUGAGACAGACUAAUUGCUUGCUUUACAGCAGUUUUUUACAGGAUGAUGCACAGUAAUCUCUCUUUUUAUUACCCACCAUUACUGUCACCACCAGUGGCCAGAAUUUCAGAAGUUUAUUUCUGAGUGGUUGGUAUAUAUCAUUUAUUUAUAUAUGAGUCAAUAAAAGACAAUUUUAUAUAGAUUGUGUUGCAAAUUCACAAGUAACUGCGGCUGAUGUCACUUUGUUGGUCAAUUAAAUAAAUGGGCAUUGAUGAAUAACUGUUAACUAUGUAUAAAUGUGCCAGAGAGUGAUACUAAUAGUUAAGACUGUUUAGAGCUUUAUUUAAAUAUUUUAUUCACACAUUGUUUACCCUAUUCAUUAAAAUUAUGAAGCAAUAUUAUAUGAAUUAUAUGACUUGGACAAUUUCACAGUGGUAAAACUCCAAACAAAACCAAAAAAUAGUCUGAGGCUGUUAACGGCUAUGGGUUGUGCAUUGAAUGACUCAUUUAUAAAAUGAACUAGAAUACAAGCUGUUAAUCACAACAGUUACAUAAAAGAUAUUACAGUGAAAAAAAUACAUUAAAAUAAUAAUCAUUUUCUUUCUUUUAAGGUAAAGAGAAAAUACAUGACAUUGACAUUUGUCAAGCAAAGCCAUGCAGUAGUGUUCAGAAUAAAGGGUAACUGAUCAAAUACCAUCA